AUGCGGUCACAUAUACAUAACCAUGUACCAUCAGCAUCUUUAUUGAGAUUUCUGCGGGCACAAUCUGAAGGCGUUUGUUUUUUCAGUUCCAACCCAGGACAAGGUUAUUCUUUCGAUCAAGCCCCUCAUGUUCCAGCUUCUAGCCUAGGAUACAGUUAUCCUUCGAUGUCAUGUCGAAGAUCACUUUCAACUUCACUACAGCGCAGAGCGACCGUUGAAGCUGGGUUCCAAAACCCGAAGUUUUUAGGAUCGCGAUUGGCCACCUCGAAUUCUUCUUCAAACGCUACUCAACCCAAACGAGCAACUCUAUCGAGCAAGAAAACUGCGACUCAAAAUCGCUCACAGACAAGCCGCGGAAUAUUCACGGGCGCAAGAAAGUGGCCAUUCAAGCUUUGGUCUUCGAAGAGGGAUGGAAAACCAUUACAACCAGACGAUUUACCACAUCUCAGUGAGGAUGGAAGAGAAAUAGAUGUAUUCAGUCUGGGACGAUCUGUAUCUGUGAAGGCUGCCAGUGAGCCUCGGCUACGAUGUACAGAGUUAGAUGAGAAUGGGAAUGUGGUUCUUGUGAAUGGGGAGUUCAAGAAGAGCGAGCUUAUUGCUAAGUAUGGACUGCUUCCUCGCGAUCUUCGAAAAAUCGAUUCGAGUACGCUUCCGCAUAUCCUCGUUCGUCCUUCAGCUAUCCUCAUAAACCUCCUCCAUCUUCGAGUCCUCAUAAAGUCUAAUAGAGUCUUGAUUUUCGACGCUUAUGGCUCUACUGAUACUUAUACACAAUCGCUUUUUAUGUAUGAUUUAGAAGGAAAGCUUAGCCAAAAGCAAACUACAGCAUCUGCUGGUGCCCUUCCAUACGAAUUUCGUGCCCUCGAAGCUGUUCUCAUAUCGGUUACAUCUGGCUUGGAAAAGGAAUUUGAAACAGUUCGAGAACCAGUUGUUAGGGUUCUUAAGGAGUUAGAAGAGGACAUCGAUCGAGACAAGCUCCGCUACCUCCUUAUUUAUUCCAAGAAACUCGGCACAUUCGAACAGAAGGCGAAAUUGGUUAGGGACUCGAUUGAUGAGUUAUUGGAGGCAGAUGAUGAUCUAGCUGCUAUGUAUCUUACCGAGAAAGAUCAUGAUCUAAAGAGAGGGGAGGAUGACCACACAGAAGUCGAAAUGUUGUUAGAAUCUUACCACAAACUUUGCGACGAAAUUGUUCAAGAGUCUGGAAAUUUAGUUUCCAACAUUAGGAACACUGAAGAAAUAGUUAAAGCCAUCCUCGAUGCCAAUCGUAACUCCCUCAUGCUUCUCGAGCUCAAAAUAUCCAUUGGAACGCUCGGUAUGGGUUCCGGCGCAUUCAUCGCCGCUCUCUACGGCAUGAAUUUGAAGAACCACAUUGAAGAAUCCGACCUCGGGUUCCUAGGCGUAUCAGGCUGGUGCGGAAUAUUCGCCGCCAUUGUCUGGUUCUACGGAAUCUCCAAACUCAAGAAAGUUCAACGCGUUAGUAUGUGGGGAGAAAGUGGAAUGCGCGGUCGCAAUUGGAGAGUUGCGGAGGAUGAAACGAAGGCGCUGGAAAUGGACAAGGGGAGGAGGGAUAGGGGGAGAAGAUUGAAAGAGGAGAGGGGAAGUGCUAUGGAAGAGGUUAGGGCCAAGGUGAUGGAACAGAGAAAAUCUAUUCAUGACAGUGCACAGGCUGCUGGGAAUGCAGAAAAGAGGGCAAGAGAGAUGGCGGCUAGGGGUGCAGGUCAUGGUCAUGGUCAUGCGAAAAGGGGUUUAAACACCGCUUCUGAUACUUAA